UGUUCGUCGAUCAACUAAUGAUGGCGGCUCACCAUCGUUAUCUUUACCGACACCAACCCCAUCGCCAUCUCUCACUUCGACUCCUCAGCCUUCCUCGUCUCCUACUGUGGAACCUGCUAGUCCGGUCAUUGAUGCGAUUCCGCUUCGUCGGGGAGAGCGUCAUUGCAAUCCUCCGGUUAAAUUACAAGAUUAUCAUAUUAACACUGCUCAGACAAGGCUGUUAGGUACAUCAAAAUCUCUCUACCCUAUUAAUAAUUAUGUGAGUUGUUCACGUUUUUCUGAACCGCACCGUGCGUAUCUGGUGGCUAUAACGUCGGCUGAGAGCCAACCUCUUAUAAACAAGCAGUGCAGAGUAAGGUAUGGACAAAAGCAAUGGGGUCGGAAGUUGUUGCUUUGGAAGAGAAUCAAACUUGGACAGUUGAGGAUUUGCCUCCAGGAAAGAAAGCCAUAGGAUCAAAAUGGGUCUACAAGAUUAAACACAAUUUGGAUGGGACGGUUGAACGAUACAAGGCACGUUUGGUAGCUCUUGGUAAUAGACAGAUCGAAGGAGUCGAUUAUGGUGAAACUUUUGCACCUGUUGCGCGAAUGCAAACGGUACACAUGUUUCUUGAAGUUGCUGCAGGGAAUAACUGACCGGUUCAUCAGAUGGAUGUUCACAAUGCGUUCCUGCAUGGUGAUCUUUAAGAAGAGGUGUAUAUGAAGCCCCCUCCUGGAUACUUAGCUGCUAAUGACACAAGAGUUUGUCGGUUGCGAAAAUCCUUGUACGGUCUUAAGCAGGCUCCUCGCUGCUGGUUCGCCAAACUGACAACAGCGUUAAAAGAAUAUGGGUUUGUUCAGUCUUUGUCGGAUUACUCAUUGUUUGUUUUUGACAAAGGAGGGAUACGAAUUAAUCUUCUGAUAUAUGUUGACGACAUGAUCGUUACAAGCAACUCUGUUGAGGCUCUUACAAUCUUCAAAGCUUAUCUGGCUUCUUGUAUUAAGAUGAAGGAUCUAGGAGCCUUGAAAUAUUUUUUAGGCAUUGAGGUCUCUCGCAGCUCACAGGGGUUCUAUCUUAGUCAACACAAAUAUGCACUUGAGAUUAUUGCUGAUGCUGGUUUGCUAGGAUGCAAACCUGAUUCCUUUCCCUUAGAGCAGAAUCAUAACCUCGCACUCUCUACCUCGCCUCUUCUGUCGCAACCAGAGCCGUACCGUCGAUUGAUUGGUCGAUUAAUAUAUCUUGGUGCCACACGACCGGAUUUAGCAUACUCUGUUCAAUUUCUUGCACAGUUUAUGAAGACACCUAGAGAGGAUCAUUGGGAAGCUGCUAUAAGGGUUGUUCGAUACUUGAAAGGAAAUCCAGGUCAAGGAAUCCUCUUGAAUGCAAAAUCAAAUUUCCAGCUCACUGGUUGGUGUGAUUCUGAUCACUCAGGCUGUCGUCUAACACGGAGGUCUGUUUCUGGCUAUUUUAUUCAACUUGGCACUUCUCCCGUCUCAUGGAAAACGAAGAAGCAGAAAACGGUAAGCAUGUCGUCUACUGAAGCUCAGUACCGCGCCAUGGCUUACAUCACCAAGGAACUCAUCUGGCUGAAGAUAGUUUUACAUGAUCUUGGGGUUUCACAUACACAGUCUAUGCGUCUUUAUUGUGAUAGCAAGUCAGCUAUUCAUAUUGCAACAAACCCAGUCUUUCACGAACGCACAAAGCAUAUCGAAAACGACUGCCACUUUGUUCGUGAUGAGAUUCAGUCUCGUAAUCUUCAUCUUGUUCAUGUUCAGAGUAAUGCGCAGUUGGCCGACAUCUUUACAAAGCCUCUUGGUCGAUCGAGUUUUCAAACAUUUUGUGACAACCUGGGCAUCCUUGAUCUGCAUACCUAAUGAUAAACACACCGAAACAUUCAUCUCCUUCUCUGAUCUUGCAUCGAACAUAGUUUUCUCACGUCCCGGGAACGUAGCUGCAUUCAGUGAUGAUGAUCCAUUCCGCAGCUCUCCUUUAACUCAGGAAAAACAACAUUUGAUGAAUCACUUCCAAAUUCCAAUCUGAAGUACCUCUCCUAUUUGUUGUGCUUCACCGUAAAGUUUCAUAGUUUGUGAGGGAUAGUAUCUGGAUACUAAAUAGUAAAUAGAAUCUGUUCUCAUUAAGUUGACUCGUAUAUAAGCGUAAAUUACUUCUUCCAUGGUCAUCAGACUCAUCACUACCGUUUAUAUUUGAUUAUUCAUAAUCUUUAAAAAUAUCUGAUUUUUUA